AUGCGUAUCUCUCGGUACCUUAGUGGCACCCGAUCGCACAAGCUCGCAGGUGAUGACGAGGCCAAGGAACUCUCGCUCUGGCUGCGCUCAUACACUGAGGCUGGCUUUGCGGCUGACAAGGACGACAGGAAAUCUGUGAGCGGUGCAGUCGCCCAAGUGAACGAUAUGACGGAAUCACAGCAGUGCAAGAAGCAGGGUUUUGUGGCACAUCGACAAUCGAGGUGGACGGUUAUCGUGCAAGCGCAGAGCGAAACAAGCUCGGCGAAGGCAAAGCACGUGGACGUCAAGCUUAAGUUCAUCCAAGACUGUGCCAAGACGGGUGUCGUGGUGCCAGAGUAUGUUGCUAGCGCUGAAAUGCUCGCGAACCUGCUGACGAAAUUGCUGCUGGCACCACGAAAGAAAGAGCUACGCGAAAAAUCAGACUCGUCGACAUCGAGUGAUCCAAGGACCCCGAGGCUGUAG